CGGAGUUUCGCUCGGUUCGGCUCAGCUGCACAGCGAGCGGGUCAUCUCGGCGCAGCAUGCGACGUCUCUCCGCGCUCCUGGCAGCUUGGACAGCCGGCCGGUGCCUGCUGGUGCCGCUGCUGGGCGACCCUCCGGCCCUCUCUGGAGAACUGGAGCGGAUUGCGGGGCCCAGCCCGGAGGAGGAUCUAGCGCUCCUCCGGGGCUUCUUGUCCUCUGCGGAGCUACACCACGCCCUGGCCGCGGGCGAGGACCCCAAGGCCUGGGCCAUCGAUGACCGCGACGACGAGCUGGGUUACGCCCACGAGGUCUGGCGGAUGGAGGAAGUGAUGCAAAUGAAUCACCCAAGUCUCUUUCAGAAGCUCAUCGAUUCUGCUUGGUCCAUCGAGCGAAGGAUGUGGGGCAACAUUUUGGAGUUUGUCUUUCCAGAGAUCGAGUACAUUGACUACAACGUGCAAAAGCUGGCAAAGCCCGGCAGCAUUGCGCGCCACGCGGACAACGAUAGCAUGGUGACCAUGGUGGCGCUCCUCUCAGAUCAGAAGGACUUCCAGGGCGGCGUGAACUGCUUCGACGGCAGCGACCGUCCGCGGCAGGUCCCGCUUCAGCAGGGCGACGCGGUCUUCUUCUUCGGGGAUCGGUGCCAUCACUGGAUCACGCAGGGAGCCCAAGCUGACGAGCGUCGCGUGGGGCACGGAACGUCCGGAACGCCUGGCAGCCGGUGACGCAGGGGCGGAGGCAGAUCCUCCAGAUGGAGCUUCGGAACCGCUUUGAGGAGCCACCCCGCCGGCUCUUGCGUGGUAAAAAGUUCCCUCCGGCGCGGCGAACAGCA